UGCGAGGGUGGCGACGGGGGCGGAGAGAUCGCCCAUCCGUCCGAGUGCAGCGCGCUGUCCUACGUUCUCGCGCGACAGAUUGACGACAAGAUCGACUACUGCCGGAGUUUGACCAACGCCAGAUUUGCAAACGCCGAGAAUCUCUACAGAAAGGACCUGCUGUCCCACUACGGAUGCGUCAACGCGAUCGAGUUCUCCAACCAGGGCGACCUGCUGGUGUCCGGGGGCGACGACAGAAGAGUUCUAUUAUGGAGAGUGGAGCAAGCGAUAAAUAAUUUCGGCAGGCCCACAGUGAUGAAAUCACAACAUGUUAGCAAUAUAUUUUGUCUUGGUUACGACAGCAGCAAGACUAAGAUAUUCUCCGCCGGGAAUGACGAUCAAGUUAUAGUCCACGAUUUGCGCACGGGCGAAUCCCUCAACAUCUUCCUGCACGAAAAGCCUGUCUACGGGCUGUCCAUUCAUCCGCACAAUGACGAAGUCUUCGCCAGCGCAUGCGACGACGGGAGAGUUCUCAUUUAUGAUAUACGUACCAACAAUGCUAUGGAAACUUUGGCACAAUAUAAAAGCGCCUUCCACUCUGUCAUGUUCAAUCCCGUGGAUCCGAGACUGCUUGCUACUGCCAACGCUAAAGAAGGUGUCAGUAUGUGGGAUAUACGAAAACCUUUGGAGCCUGUACUGUGUUAUGGAAGCCCGCAACAGAGUUGUAUGAAUGUCAGAUUUAAUUCGAUGGGUGACCGAUUGCUGGCCUUACGAAGAAGACUACCACCGGUUCUUUAUGCUGUCGAUUCUCCCACGCACUUAUGCGAAUUUGAUCAUACGGGGUAUUAUAACAGUUGUACCAUGAAAUCUUGCUGUUUCGCCGGCGAGAAUGACGAAUAUGUUCUUUCUGGUUCGGAUGAUUUCAACCUGUAUAUGUGGAAAAUUCCUCCCCCUGAUGGCAAGUCAUGGGUGGAAUCCGCCCACAUGGUGUUGCGUGGUCACAGAUCGAUCGUUAAUCAAGUUCGAUACAAUCAAACAAGCUGUAUCCUUGCAUCAUCCGGCGUCGAGAAGAUUAUUAAGAUUUGGAGUCCAUUUUCAUUUGGAAGCGGAUGUUUAGGAGGAUUGAAGAGAGACGCUGGCAAGCGCGAGAAACAACGCCGAGUAUUCACACACGAUGAAUAUAUAGGGCUGGUUUUACGUAGUGGACAGUUUAUGACGCACGAUUACAGUCAUCAAUCGACUAAGGAAGACCCACGAAUGAUGGCCUUUUUCGAUUCCCUCGUUCAGCGCGAAAUUGAAGGCUGGAGCUCCGAGGAUGUGCCAACACCUCAUACUCCCAGCGAUUCUGAAAUAAAUCCAGCAACGGGCGAACCGUAUAGCGCGACAGAAGGCGAUGAUACUACGGCAUCGGAAGGCGGUGUAGCUCCCGAAAGGCCGUUAGAGUCGCCAAAUCGCAUAACUCGGCUUAUCGCAAAUCGCAGAAAGAAGCUCAUGCGAAUGGCCGCGAUGGAACGAUCCCCCUCGGAUUCCGCUAGUGAGGGAGACAACGCUCAUCUGAAACGCAGAUCCAAAUCGAAAUCCAAAUCGAAGAGCGUUAAGAGGAAACAUACCAGACUAUCUAGCAGAAGAAGAUUAUCUACCAGACGAAAGUGUACUGUGUUAAAAGUCAAUAGUGAUUCGGACAGUGACGACGAACGACCGGUUGAUGCGGCUCAACCCAGUACUAGUUCCGGGGUGAUUUUCCGGAGAUCGCGAUACGUCGCUAGCGCGAUCGAGAAAGAUGACAAGAGCUCGAGCUACAGCAGCAGCAGUAGCUGCGUUUACGAGGACAUUGUCGCCAGUAUCAGUAAACGAAAACAUUCUAAAACUGAUUCGGAUACCUCCGCGAAGGCGCACAAACGGAAGCAUCGAAAGUGCAAAAAUAAUUCUCGACACUCGAACGACGGCUCUGGUAAGAGCCAAAGUAAACGACAGAAACUCGAUGACGAUUCGGAAGAGGAAGAGAAAACUCCUGGCCCAAGAAAUUGUGUUAAUGGUAAUUCUAGUAAAGACCGUCGUGAGGACGGACCGUCAACGCCGAGCAACAAAUCACUUCAAGUUCCUUGUACUCCUGACAGCGGUAUUAAAUCGGGACUUUCAUCUACGGGUGGAAAAAACAGCGAACAGACACGUAAGGAGCGAAACAACAGAGGCGCGGACGAUAGCUCCGACGAGCAGAACCUGAAACGUCUAGAGUGUUUCCGGAAAAAGGUAGAGGAGCUGGCGAGGAGGAGCUAUCGUAAUCGAUCUGCGUCCCAAGCUCAAAAAGUUUCGACCACGAGUGAUUCUUCCGAUUAAGAGCUCACGUUUACUUAUCAAAAUCCCCGCCUCUCCCUGACGCGCUCUACUUCGAUCUCCCAUUCCCUUUCCAUUUGUACAUAAUGUAAUCUGUGAUUCCUUGAAGUAUAUUUUUAUAACACUAAGUUGAUCGCGCGCGAACAUGCGAUCGAUUCCUUUUUUUUAAAUCAUGUUUUAAAUCUUGCGCGUCUGCCUUUAAUCCCAUCUCUCGUGAAUGUAUCGUGCUUUCCUUCUUACAAUUUUUCGAAAUUUUCUUUAAAAUCCUUUAAUAUAUAUUGUUGGUUAUAUAUUAUCGAUUUCAUUCAUAAAUCAAGUCACUGAUUAGAUAGACGGAAAUUAUAAUGUUGUUUGGUACCAAUCCUACAUCUAUCGUCCCGCGUAAUACCAUUGCGACUGUCAGUGCUUGGUAAUUCUCAACCAGUUUGAUCAUUAUUGUGAGGUGAAUGUUUUGCGGAUCUGGCUAUGUAAAUUGCAUCAUGUAAUCGAGACAGAAAUUAUGAAACAGAAACUGUACUGUAGACGCGAAUUAACACAAUCCGCAUUAAGCAUUCAAGUAUAUGCGGCAACUCGCUAAUGUGUAUUGUUGAUAUGGUUUGUGCGGUGGAAAGUAAUUAAAAGUAAUAAAUUGGUAUACAUUUUUUUCCUAUGUGUUGAACUUUGAAGAAUUAUUGUAACUAUAUUACAUUAUUUAAUCUUGCAUUUAUAUACAUCUUUAUUAACUGAUUACGAAUAAACGAGAAGCAACUGAAAAACGUAAUAACC